UCUGUGGUCGCUAUUGCUGGUGAGUGGCAUUAUCAGACCAGAACGGCGAGCAGAGGACCAGUCCGCCGGCGGCGAAAGCGACCGCGACCGCGUAAGUAGCUACCCCUGUUGGUGUCGCCGCCGGGGAGCUGAUCUGGAACGGUUGUUGGGAAGAUGGCGGAAGAUUUCCCAAUGGCUCCGGUGGACUGCUUGCCAAUUUUCGAGGAUGCGGCAUGCAGCGCCGCCGCCCCCGUCCCAAAGUCUAAAGGUGUAGGGGAUUCCUUGGUUCAAUCAGCGGGGGGGUCCAGGUGCGGAAUCCUUGGUGAUGUUGGCAUUCCAGCUAUUCAGAUUUAUGGCAGUUCUCGUGUUGAGCAAACAAGGGUUGGUGGAGGUGGUGGCUCUGUCUCGGACAUUAAUGAGAGCGAGGAUGACAAUGUCGAUGCGAUUAGCCCAGGCUUGAAGGAGGGUGGUGAACCAUACCCAGUCGAUUCGGUCGUUGCAAAGCAGGCAGAUAGUUCGUGUGGAGCAUCUGCUCACUCCACGGGCAAGAUUGAUCCUCAAGCCCCAGGCUGGACCAGAAGAGUCAGAGUUGGGCAACAAGCCCCGGAUCGUGCGCCAUGCCCAGAUAGGGUGUGCGCGUUGGAGCAGACUAUAAGAGGCUAUGCUGAAAAGCUAGGGCCAAAUGUGAUUGAGCCUGAGAUUGGAUUAACAUUUGAUUCGUUGGGAGAGGCUUACGAUUUUUACAAUAUAUAUUCUUGGGAACUUGGCUUUGGCAUAAGGUAUGGGAAGAGCAGACUGAAUUCAGAGAAGACAAAAUGCAUGCAAGAGGUGGUUUGUGGUUGCUCGGGGAAGCCAUUAAAGGAAAACAGCAUGUCUUGCAGAUGUGAAUGCCCAGCAAUGAUCCGUUUGUUGAGAACAGACGACAAUGGGUGGUACAUCACAGAGCACCGGGUUGAGCACAAUCACUCAUUGUCAAGCAUCCUAGUUCAUGGUCAUGGUCAUGGUCACAAUCAGACGACAAUGGGUGCUUCAGGCGGCGUAGAAUAACACAUCCUAGUUCAUGGUCAAGUAUUGCUGCUCCUAGCAGCUGCUCUUGCAAAUCCUUCCUGGAAAUCCUUACCAACCUAGGGUCGUUGUGUACUAUCCAGUUCCUGUUUGAGACAGGGAUUACUGUUAUGUGGGUAACAAAAAGCUGAAAUGUGAAGAGUGGUUCACAGACAGAAAAUAUGAAAAGAGAAAGAGGAUUUCUUGACGAACCUAGCAAUGUGUUUGACUGGCAGAGAUGAGAAGUGAACCUCAAGAAGUUCUGUGGAGUGAGUUGGUCCUGGGACAACCGGACGCCCUGCAAACCAAGGGUUGGAUGCGUAGCUGCGUGAGGAUCUUCCUUUUGGGUAUGGUUGCACAGUUGACGCCAAAUAUAACAGAUGAUAACUCAUUCCCAAUGCAAUCGGCAUAUAUGUCCUUGAUGGAUGCUAAAAUGCAGCGGGCAUAUUUUUGAUCUGCUGCGCAAAUUUCUUCGUUCAUUGAUGAAUCAUUGGUGUCGUGGAUGACAGGGCAUUUCUGAACGGACGUUUGUGCCUUCACCAAACUAGAUCCUGAGCACCUUGGACGCUUCAGCACUCUCUGUCUCUGUGAGGAGCUCUCUGUAGAAAAUGAAAGUGAAUGAGAAGACCGAGUAGGUAGCGUGAACCAUUCUGGGUAUGAUUUGUGACAAAAAAAUGCGUAGGUUGUUGCAACAAAACACCUUCAUCAUCAGAUAGUUGAAGUCGGACACCUUGUAUUUUGUCAGAGACUGGUGUGUUGAAGUUGGACAUGUUGUUGGAACUGCUAGGGUGGGAAUGUUCUGGCUGUACCGUAUGUGCUUUCGGAGUUGCACUAUCAUUAACAAACUGGAGUGGACAGUCUGAGAACCCCCUGGCAGCACAGCAUGUGCAGUUGGCUGCAAGUGCGGUGAAUAGCUUGUCUGUGAAGUUCACCAUGUCAGUUUGUAUGUUGUGUCGUGCAGUGGUCACAUGACGGAUCGCUCUCGCAUUUUGUUCACAUAGGAGGACGGCAAUUGGUUGUUUUGACUGUGGGAUGAAGUAAAUCAUAGUUAGUAUGGUUGCACACGAAAAAGAAAUAUAAAAGUAAAGAAUUAAAGCAGUCAAGGUGGGGUUCAGCAUACCACGAGUGGAAAAUGUCGUGCGGUAUGGUUAGAGUAAUCCAGUGCGGACAAUUGCCUGGGGGAAAUGGCAGGGGAUAACUGUUGAUUAGCAUUGGUUGGCGGCCUGCAUGGGACAGUCUUUCUGGCUGUUGCUUGGUGCUGCGACAACGGGUUGUUGCUUGCUAGAGGAGCUGACAUGGAUGGUGUGACAGGCUCUUUCUGAGGCCUGCUUCGCGAGUAACAUACUGUGGACGGGUCUCUGAGCUGCGUGGAAAGGGUAAAGGGAUAUUAGUUAGCCUGCAAUACAGAAAACAAUUUGUACCUUGUGAUUGUUUACUGGAGCAGAGGAGAAAGAUGGCUCAGGUAAUCCAACGUCUGUGGCCAUUGUAGACAUUUUUCGUAAGGUAUCUUGGUCAAACACAUUGAUGCGGGGGAGGACAUCAUGCUUCUUGUUGAA